AUGGCACCGCAAAUAGAGGCGUCGGAGUCUCGAUUCGAGCCUUGCGCCUCAACAGCAUCGUUGUUCCUAUACUCGCAAGGCUCGAAUAUUUUAUGUCUCCAUCACGAUACAUUGGCACUAGACCGUCGCUUUACCAGUCAUCGCGAAAACAUCAAUUUUAUAUCGGUGGACAAUGUGAGUGAGCGUGGUGCGGGAAGGCUGGUGGUGAGCUACGAUGUGGGCCAAACUGCGAUAAUAUGGGAUAUCUUCACUGGCGCCGAAGUUGCAAGGUUCGCAUCCUUUGAUAAUUUGAGCGUCGCAGCGUGGAUGCGCAAUGGGAAUCUCGCGUUUGGCAACAGCAAAGGCGAAGUGAUCCUUUUCGAGCCGUCUACUUCGGAGCAUAUCUCUGCGCGCACGAUAUUCGACCCUAUUACUGCCCUGGCACCAGCUACGGAUUGUCGCACGUAUGCAAUUGGCUAUCAGAAUGGAUCAAUGUUGAUAGCGAGCCUUACUCCUCAGUUUACAAUCCUACACACAUUGACAACCUCCCGCGGGCCGUCACCGAUUAUAUCGCUCGCCUGGCAUGCCUCGUCCUCGAAGCAAAAAUCGGAUAUGUUGGCAACUCAAUCUUCAAAUGGCGACCUGAGAGUUUGGAGUGUGACGAAACCACCUGGGAAAGAGUCACCUCGAGUAAUUCGAGUUCUGAAACGAUCCGACUCGAGCUCUGCAGACCCAAAGUGGAUGGCAUGGUCAAAGAAUGGAAAGAUUGUACAAUACUUGGAAGGGGAGACAUGGGCUUGGGAUGUUCGAACGAAGCACGUUACCUACGAUCCAAUUCCGACAAUAGACGGGAUACGAGGACUAACAAACCAUGGCCCUACGGCAACACUCUUCACCAUUGGCCCCAAUAACACAGUCCAGCAGUAUGAUGUGGACAACCCAGCAAUGGUAGCAAAUGUGCAACUUGUUCCGGUCAAUACUAGAUCUAUGGCAUCCGAGGAUACACGAUCACAGACAAUAUCUCCACCUCCACGACACCUACAAGAUGCCCCGGAUAUUCGGGAAAUGCCAGCAACAAGCCGUGUUCCUUUUGGAUCCAAUGGAGUGGAUAUUUCUAAGCAACAAAGAGCAAACCUAGCUAGCCCUGUCUCUUCCCGUAGCCGGACGGAGUCAGUAAGCUCCAAGGCAUCAUCUGGGAGGUACCAACCCGGUCCAUUCUCCCCACCCAGCCGAUCUGGUCAGAGCGGCACAACAUUUUCUAUGACAUCAGAUCGAGACACACCACAGCCAUCAGCUUCAUUUCAGAGCAUAUCGUCUGUCACAAUGUCUUCGAUGAAGAGCUCACGUGUCGGGUCUCGGUUGCGGAACGAGGUUCAUCUGAGUCCCGCUGAGAGAAAUGUUGUUGAUCUCUUCCCAUUUACUCGCGCGAGACUGAAUGACGUGCCUUACAAAUCUCAGCCCCCUAUAAGCGAGAGUAGUUUAACCUCAGAUGAUCUGCGGCGUCAAAUGUUAAGCGUGGUCUUUGGCUGGGAGGGAGAAGUUCGGGAUCUGGUUAGAGAUGAAUUGAGUCGUCAUGCAUACGGAAGCCAAAGCGCUAUCCUUUUGGCACAAUGGCUUGGAGAAACAGACACAGAAAAUAUGGCAGCAAUGUUGAAUUCCGGUCCUGUAACGACGUUUGAUUGGAUGCUGAUGGCUCUCAGCCAAAUGAGUGGCCAGGCACAAACAAACAAGGUUGGACAGGCUUUUGUGCAAAAGUUGCUUGAGAUCGGAGAUAUUCACACGGCUGCUUCUAUUCUGCUUGGCCUUGGAGACACUAACGAUGCUAUCGAAGUUUAUGUGUCUCGAAAUCACUUUAUGGAAGCCAUCCUCAUUACCUGCCUUUUGAUGCCAACGGACUGGCUACGUCAAUCCCACCUUGUUCGUCGAUGGGGGGAGUAUGUGGUGUGCCACGCUCAGCAACAGCUUGCUAUUCGAUGUUUCAUGUGUACAGGUGUCGAGUCAUCUGAACCAUGGACAUCCCCAGCAGCUCAACAGGCCACUUCCUUUGCGGAGGUAAUUCGAGUAAAGUCACCCUUGACUUCACCUGACCCUGUACAGUCAAAUGAUGCUAAUUCAAUGAAUCCUCCAUCUCGCCCUAAAUCAGCAUCUAACCAGCGCUUACCUGGGAAAGCGCCUGCUCUCAAGCUUAUCACAUCUUUUGACGCUCACCCAAGUCAACGGUUCAAAUUCCCUGGAUUGAAAUCAGACGACCGGACCCCUACUAAUGCGCCUGGUGUCACCCCAAUUGCAGAGUCUGCUGUGGUAGAGUCGGCAUUGUCUCCUGGAGGUUUGGGGUCAUGGAAGCACAACAACCUUCAAAGCCUUGGUCAAGCUAUGACAUCUCGAACUAAUACCCCGGCUUUCAAUCGCCGCCGCCUUCCUUCAAUCGGAGAGACACCAGUGGAUGUACAUCCUCCUAUGUUUUCCCGAAAUCACUCUUACAACACUAGUGCUUAUGAAUCUACUUCGGAAAAUGAAUCGGCCAGUGGACUGGAGCAAAGUCAAGAUGAACAAAGCGGAGAUCUUAGUCUGUUGACUUUAUCCUCUGCGAGAUACAACCCAGAUCAAGACUCUCUGAAGCCCAGUCCUCAAACUGCUUUACAAGAAACAGGAAAGUUCUCAACUAUCAAGGGACUUCCCUCACCAGCGGCUGGCUUUUUUGAAGCAUUGAAAGAGCACACUGAUAUAAGAAAUGGAUCUCGCAUUCGGAAACCAGACGGUCUUCAGAUUGACCUGGUACAAACAGAAGAAUCCCACACAGACAAUCACGAUCGUUCAGAUCUACUCCAUAGUGCUAAGAGCACGACUUCAACCUUGAACAGUUACUCAUCUGCGAAGAGUCCGAGUGUCAGUGGUAGAAGUAUCGACCAAUAUAUUAGCAGCUUGGAGGAGGCAAACUAUCAUGCGAAUGCAAAGAAGUAUCCUCGUGGUCGUGGACGGCGAAAUACUGAUGAAACGGCAAGCCAACGAUCUCGCAUGCAACAAUCUCGUGAAGCAUCCCAGGAAACCCGUGGACGAAAUGAGUGGCGAUAUAUUCAACCUGCCAAGCGGUCGCCUUCUUCCCCGGUUCCCAUGUCACCCGAGGAGGUCGCUCGAUACAACGUUUCGGACUUUGGCAAGCCUGAUGAGCCACGGAAAAAAUCACGCUCACGGGCUCGAAGCAGCAGCAAAAUGAGAAAGCCGGGUUCACGAAGUAGGCAGCGAUCGUCCAGUCGGAACACCGCAAAUCGGGUUGGGGAAAGCUCAACGCGCGGAAGAAGCAUUGAUCGCCAGGGGUCUUCUGUUCGAUCACCGUCAUCACCUCUUCCAAUGUAUCUGCCAAGUCUAUCGACAAAUGGGCCCAGCCAACAAUUAGAUGAGGACCCCCUCAGACUUGUUACUGGAGACCGUCAGCGGCUUCGAUCGCAUCACCGAAGUGCUAGUCGGCGUCGAGCAGAUAGGGAUACUAGCUCCAAACGGGAUAUUUCCCCUCAGUCCAGUCAUAAAUUUUCCCAAGACGUUCCUGAUGCUCGCAUUGUGCCUGAAGUAAACACGACUUCUCAGUAUGGGGGAUUUGAACAGCUGAGCAGCAAGGUCUUUGGGCAAGAAUACAUUGUCAUAAAUACCAAUACUCACAGCAGCCCCAAUUCAAUUACCAUUGACGCUGGAGAGAUAACAUCGCCCACGACACCAUUUGUCAGUCUCGCUGAGAAGAAGCGAAAAGAAAUAGCUGCUGCUGAACUGGAAGCUCGCCGGCUUUCUCUUGCACGCAACCCUUCUGCACCAAAUAUCCCCUUCCCGGGUGAGCUACAAUCUGCACGGUCCCCGAUUGAAAGCCCUAUUUCUUUCCAUGGGAGUCCUUAUUUCCAAAGGGCUCCGUCUCGAAACAACAAGAGCUCCUCAACCAAGGGGUCUUCCGAGUACCAUAGCAGUUCAGACUCUAGCUCACCUCGAUCUGGAGCCCCUCUCGGUCUCCCAGCAACACCAAGAGCGAUGCGACACCCAAAAUACGGAGGAAAUGGAUAUGAAGAAGAGCGUCCUCCCUCUGUUCCAAUUCUUCCUACCAAUGGCUCUUCUGCUUUCCUAACCGGAGCUCGCUAUAAAGCUAGCGCGGAGAGAAUCGGACGGUCCAUGUCUGUCCCCAUGCCAGAAGAUCAGCACCACAGGAACAUAACAGUACCCUCCGACGUCCCCAUGCAUCCACACUUCAAGCCCCAUCUCCCAAGAAGCCGCUCGGGUAGCCGAGCCCGUAAUAUGGGCCACCAUCGUACCGGCUCCGGCGGCUACAUAUCAGGCACCUCACCCCAAGUCACAGUAAGCAUCGAAGAGACGAUCGAGCAAGCCAUACGAGAACCUCCAUCUACAUCAUACAACGAAGCAAUUCCACCGCCGCCGCCACCACCACCACUUCUCCCAGAGCUGCAGCAUCUCAACACACCUCCACCUCCACCCCCAAUGAUUUUCGAUCCCAUCUCGCCACGACAGUCGUCCGCCACUAUCGACGUUGCCAUUGAGAACGAGGAUUUUGGCCGUUUGCUUCCUCGCGCUAUGACCGCAGCCCCGGCAAUAAACGGAGGUGAUCCUCAUCAGAAUGCUAGCCGCCGCAUUUCGUUUGACCAUCGCCGCAACCGCAGCUCGAACGAGAGUUUCACGAAUAAGCUGCGCAGCUUGACUCGCAUGCGUAGCAAUAGCCGAAGUGUUGAACCAUGGACGCAUCAAGAGGCUGAGCUGGCGCCGUAUGAGAGUUUGCAUUCUAGUCCGAACUAUGUCUAG